AUGAACGAAGAAAGAGUGACGAAGCAAAUUUAUCUUUCAGAAGUGAACGGCAAAGUCAGGAAGGGACGCCCUAGACGAAGAUUUAUCGACCAAAUCGGCGAUACAUUGAAAAUGGGCCAGAUUAGGAGUACCCUUAACCGACGAGCGUGUAUGCGUAAAUAUAUGGAUACAAAGAUAGAAAGACUGCGGAAUAGUGUAGUUAAAAAAGGACAGAAUAUAUUCUUGUACAACACGAGUGCGCGUCGCGUUACUUUUAUAUAUAUUGAAAUAUAG